GCGGAGGGAGACGUGAUGUGCGAGCGGUCUGCGGGCGGCCUGCUUCUAAAGCUGCUGCUGGUUGUCUGAACGUGCGUCUCUGAGCAGAACAGGAAAGCUCUGGUCAGCUUUUGUUUUUCUGCGAAAGUGAGCUGAAGACGAAAGAUGAGUAACGAGUGUGGGAGAGAGACAAAAGAGACAGAAAAAAACACGGCCGACUGAGCGCUUGCACUGAAGUCCAGGAAGUUUCAAAACCGCUACGUCUGCAAAAAAAAAAAAAAACGAUGAGGAGUAGUGGAUGGAUAGAAGAGGGAAAAAAAAUCCACCCGGUUAACCUUUGAACCGUCUUCCUUUUCUCUUCUGGAGUAGUCACAAGACGGACUCGUAUAACUUCACGAAUGACAGUCCAAACGGAGAGGACGGGACUGUGUGAAGGUGCUUCUACACAUUGAUGGUUGGUGCUGCUAAAGCUUGUUAAAGCAUAACUGAAGAUACUCCACUUUCAGGACAAACCCAGGAAUAAGACGCACACGCCAUCAUGUCCUCCGUCUACUUCAACCCAGGCUCGGAUUCAGGUGUAAACGGUAAUGUUGCAAAGAUGGAGGAUGCCAAAGUGCAGAUCGAUGAUGGGAAGGAGGAGAGCGCGCUGCCCGACACAAUGUACUACAACGUCAGGAAGAAAAUCACGCCCUUCGUCAUGUCCUUUGGAUUCCGUAUAUUCGGAGUGGCGCUCAUCAUCGUGGACAUCGUGCUCGUGAUCGUGGACCUCUCGCUGCCAGAGGAGCACAGAGACGCCGGGGAUGCCUUGGAGGCCGUGUCCCUCGUCAUCUCCUUCUUCUUCCUCGUUGACGUUCUCCUGCGGGUCUACGUGGAAGGUUUCAGAGUGUACUUCAGCUCCUGGCUGAACAUCAUAGACGCCUGCGUUGUGGUUGUCACUCUGCUGGUCACAAUGAUCUACGUUUCCACCAGCCUGACGGGUGCCAGCCUCAUCCCCAGGGUCGUGUCAUUUCUGCGCUUCUUGAGAAUCAUCAUUCUUGUGAGGGUUUUCAGACUGGCCGCUCAGAGGAGGGAGCUGGAGAAAGUCACCAGGAGGAUGGUUUCUGAGAACAAGCGGCGUUAUCAGAAGGAUGGAUUUGACCUUGAUCUUACUUACGUCACGGAUCGUGUCAUUGCCAUGUCUUUCCCCUCCUCCGGGAAGCAGUCCUUCUACAGGAACCCUAUCAAAGAGGUGGCGAGGUUUUUAGACACGAAACACGAAGGCCACUAUAAAGUUUACAACCUGUGCAGUGAGAAAGGCUACGACCCCAAGUUCUUCCACUAUAAGGUUGAGCGGGUGUUCAUUGACGAUCACAACGUCCCCUCUCUGGAGGACAUGCUGAAAUACACGGCAAGCGUGAGGGAGUGGAUGUCGGCCGACCCCAAAAACAUCAUUGCUAUUCACUGUAAAGGAGGGAAAGGGCGCACGGGCACUCUGGUGUGCACCUGGCUCAUCGACAGCGACCAGUUUGAGAGCGCACAGGAAAGUCUGGACUAUUUUGGUGAGAGGAGGACAGACAAGAGCCAAAGCUCCAAGUUUCAGGGAGUGGAGACUCCCUCUCAGAGCCGGUACGUGGGGUACUACGAGAUCAUGAAGACAAAGUUCAACAGGCAGCUGCCUCCACCUCAAAGCCUCAGGAUAAAGAGCUUCCGCGUCCACUCCAUAGCAGGUGUGGGUAAAGGGGACGGCAGCGAUCUGAAGGUGAAGAUAAUUGUGAAGAAAGAGCUGGUGUUUCAGUGUGUGUGUGCCAAACAAGACAACUGCACAGUAUUUCCAGAUGUGGGCAGUAACGCAGCAGUCAUCAGCCUCCAGAAUGGGCCUGUGGUUGAGGGGGACGUGAAGGUCAUGUUUGAGUCGAGCGCUGGUCUCCCAAAAGGGUAUGAAGAUGUUCCGUUCUACUUCUGGUUCAACACGUCGUUCAUAGAGGAGAACAAGCUGUUCUUACCCAGGGAAGAGCUGGACAACCCCCACAAGCCAAAGACCUGGAACCUGUACAAGGAGGACUUCGGUGUCACCGUGUUCUUCUCAGACUCUGAGUAAAAGGUCUUUAGAAAAAUUCCAUGUUUUAAUGAACGAACAGAAACUGGUCAACUUAACACUAAAGGAUAACUGAUAGACUUUCAAUUACUUCUCUGUUCAUGUUGUCAUCUCUAACGCAGUGGGAUUCCAUCGCUGACGUACUCAGCUGUUGCUCUAAUCAGUUUUGGCACUUAAUGUAUGAAAUAUGAGGGAUGUGUGAGGAAUUGCUAUUAAACAAUAGUAAUGUCUUCCAAUGAA